GAUGCUUUCCAGCAAGAGUUGCUGUAGAUUCAAGUUCAUAAGCAUUGAGUAUCAUUUCUGUCCUUUGCCUCAAGCUCCAGUCACACUCAGAAACGAUGGGGUCCAACCUACCAUAUGCUGCUGAUGCGGAAAGUCCGUUGAAGCCAGCGGAACUCCAGGUCCUCCGGGCGCAAUACUUGAAGGAGGGUGAUUAUGUUGGAGUCCAGACCAAAUUCAAUUAUGCAUGGGGCCUCAUCAAAUCCAACGCCCGAUCAGAGCAGCAAGAAGGCGUGCGACUGUUGUCGGACAUCUUCCGAAGCGCCCCCGAGCGACGACGAGAAUGUCUGUACUACCUAGCUCUUGGCAAUUACAAGCUAGGAAACUAUGGAGAAGCCCGUCGAUACAACGAGCUCCUUCUUGACCACGAGCCCGCCAAUAUGCAGGCAGCAAGUUUAAGGACGUUGAUAGACGACAAGGUUGCGAAGGAGGGCAUGGUUGGAUUUGCGAUUGUUGGUGGUCUAGCCCUUGCGGCAGGUAUCGUGGGCGGUCUUAUGUUCAAGGGAUCGCAGAGGCACUAAGGCGAAGAAGGCCAUCGUUGUGAUCUCUUGCUUUAUUCUCCGAGGCUUGACACUACCGGCUUUUUUGCUGGUUGAUAUGCUGUUGCGUAUAUAUAAGCGUUUUUGGCUUGUUGCAACUGCCUUUGUCGCAUUUCUAUGGCGUUUUCAUGUUUUCUCUUUGAUCCAGCUUGUGGCAGCACAGAUGAUGAUUUCCAUAUUGUUACCAGAGUCUAUUUUUAAUGCUAGGAUGAGUUCCAAUGAGAUGCCUUUUUAUCUGUGUACACUUGUUUGCUAGGGAGUGAAUAAGCAAGAGUUC